UCUAGUCUCUAGUGUGUGUAAAGAACAAGUCGAUCUUGUGUCUUGUUGGGCGAACAAAAUGACAACUUUGUUAUCUACUUCAACUCUCUCUUCGACAACAAAGCUGAGCCUGAAGCUUGUCAACAAUGACAACCCAGCUCCGAAAUCCCACCUCGCCACAGACAAGUACAAACAUACCCAAAAGGUUUCAUUCGUAAGUCUUGCUGUAAAGAAGCAACAGAGCAUUGAAACAAUCCAGAAAGUUGAUGGGAAGAUCACUAGGAGGAGAAAAGGUGGUGGAAGUGGAACCCCAUUUUUGAGUGAGGGAAGAGAUGAGGAUGAGAGCUAUGGUCCAGUUUGCCCUGGCUGUGGAAUCUUUAUGCAAGAUAACAACCCAGACCUUCCUGGGUAUUAUAAGCAAAGGAAGUUAACUGUAUCAGAGUUGCCAGAUGUUGAAGGGUUUGAUGAGGAAGAGGAGGACAUUGAGGGUAGCUAUGAGGAAAGUGAUGGGGAAGAAAGUGAAUUGGAAAUGGGGGAUGAUGAGUUUGACUGGGAUUCAGAUGACUUGGAAUCUAAGUUGUUGGGGGAGGAAGAAGAGAAUGAUUUGGAUUUGGAUGGUUUUGCCCCUGCAGGGGUUGGGUAUGGUAACAUUAAGGAGGAGACCAUAGAGAAAAUGAAGAGGAAGAAGAUUCCAAAAGCCGAAAAGAAGAGAAUGGCUAGAGAGGCUCAGAAAGAGAAAGAUGAGGUUACUGUGUGCGCCAGAUGCCAUUCAUUGAGAAAUUAUGGGCAGGUGAAAAACCAAGCAGCCGAAAACUUGAUGCCCGAUUUUGAUUUCGAUAGGUUGAUUGCAACCCGGUUGAUUAAACCUGCUACGAAUGCCAAUCCUGUUGUGGUUAUGGUUGUUGAUUGUGUUGAUUUUGAUGGCUCAUUCCCCAAACGGGCAGCAAAGUCAUUGUUUCAGGCAUUGAGAGGAACCGAGAAUGAUCCCAAGUUUCAGAAGAAAAUGCCAAAGCUUGUUCUUGUGGCCACAAAGGUUGAUCUCCUCCCAUCACAAGUUUCACCUUCUAGAUUAGAUAGAUGGGUACGCCAUCGUGCUAAGGCUGGAGGGGGACCUAAACUGAGUGGAGUGUAUUUGGUUAGUGCUCAUAAGGAUGUGGGUGUCAGAAAUUUGUUGUCCUUUCUCAAAGAGUUGGCAGGUCCUCGAGGGAAUGUGUGGGUUGUUGGAGCUCAAAAUGCAGGCAAGUCUACUUUAAUAAAUGCGCUGGCAAAGAAAGAAGGGGCAAAGGUUACAAAGCUAACUGAAGCUCCAGUUCCUGGCACAACAUUAGGGAUCCUGAGAGUUGGAGGGAUUUUGUCAGCCAAGGCAAAGUUGUUUGACACUCCAGGGCUUUUACAUCCAUAUUUGGUCUCCAUGAGAUUGAAUAGGGAUGAACAGAAAAUGGUUGAAAUACGGAAGGAGCUUCGCCCUCGGACUUAUAGGAUAAAGGCAGGGCAGACCAUACAUAUUGGUGGUUUAGUGAGAGUAGACCUUAUUCAAGCCUCUAUUGAAACAAUUUAUUUCACAAUAUGGGCCUCACCAAAUAUUUCUUUACAUAUGGGGAAGACAGAAAAUGCUGAAGAGACUUGGAGGAAACAUGUUGGCGUUAGGUUGCAGCCACCUAUUGGCAUUGAUUGCGCUGCUGACAUAGGCAAAUGGGAAGAGAGGGAAGUAAAAGUGUCUGGAGCCAGUUGGGAUGUAAAUAGCAUCGACAUUGCUAUAGCUGGUUUAGGCUGGUUUUCUUUAGGUCUCAAAGGGGAAGCAACUUUGGCAUUAUGGACAUAUGAUGGUAUUGAAAUUACUCUGAGAGAACCGUUGGUUCUUGAUAGGGCACCAUCGCUUGAGAGACCUGGGUUCUGGCUUCCAAAAGCAAUAUCUGAGGCCCUUGGUGCUCAGAGUAAACUUGAAGCUCAAAGGAAAAAGCUAGAAAUGGAAAAUGCAGAUUCCCUUUCUGAGGCAGUUAAUUGAAAAGAAGAUGAACACAAUUGAUUUGCUUCUUUUUAACUGGCACAAGAUAGAUCUUGUAGUUCUGAGAAGUCAGCUGUUGUGUUGCAAAAGGAUUGGAUGUGAUUUCUUUGUUAGAAAUACAGAAUUUUGAUGUGGGUGGGUUUACUUUCUGUCAUGAUUACAAUGCUUUCCCUGUUGAGAGGAGGAUUUUGAUGACGGCUCCUUCCGAGAUGAUUGGCGAUUGAAAGUAGUGCAAAGUUGUGCAGGGUAGUUGUAUUUCUCUUAGAUAUAAUGUGAAGUCACUUCUGUAUUGAAUUACAUAUAUGCAAUGCGUACAUUGAACUCA